AUGGCUCCUGCUGGUGCGAGCCUGAGGGCCGCCGUCCUCUGCCUCCUGGCCUGGGCCGGCCUCGCCGCUGCCGACCGGGUGUACAUACACCCCUUUCACCUCCUCGUCUACAGCGAGAGCAGCUGUGAGCAGCUGGAGAAGUCCAACGCGGAGGCGCCCAAAGAGCCGACCUUCACACCGGUCCCCAUUCAGGCCAAGACAACCCCUGUGGACGAGGAGGCCCUCCGAGAGCAGCUCGUGCUGGCCACCGAGGGGCUGGAGGAGGAAGACAGGCUGAGGGCGGCGAAGGUGGGGAUGAUGCUCAACUUCUUGGGCUUCCACAUGUACAGGAUGCUGAGUGAGUCGUGGAGCACGGCCAGCGGGGCGGCCAUCCUGUCCCCGACGGCUCUCUUUGGCACCCUGGCCUCUUUCUAUUUGGGCGCCCUGGACCCCACGGCCAGCAGACUGCAGGCGUUCCUGGGCGUCCCCGGGGAGGCUCAGGGCUGCACGUCCCGGCUGGAUGGCCACAAGGUCCUCUCUGCCCUGCACACCAUCCAGGGCCUUCUGGUCGCCCAGGGUGGGGCCAGCGGCCAGCCCAGACUGCUCCUCUCCACGGUGGUGGGCCUGUUCACAGCCCCCGGCCUGCGCCUGAAGGAGCCAUUUGUGCGGGGCCUGGCUCCCUUUGCCCCUAUCACCCUCGAGCGCUCUCUGGACUUGUCCACGGACCCAGAUCUUGCUGCCGAGAAGAUCAACGCGUUCACGCAGGCAGUGACGGGGUGGAAAAUGAACAGCCCCCUGUCAGGAGUCGGCCCGGGCAGCACCCUACUUUUCAACACCUAUGUCCGCUUCCAAGGUAAGACAAACCCUGCGGAACUGCGCUCAGGACUCCGACGGUUCUGGGUGGACAACACCAGUGCCAAAAUCCCCAUGCUCCUGAGCGCGGGCACCUUCCAGCACUGGAGGCUGGCCUGGGAGAACAACAUCUCCAUGAGCGUGCCCCUGGGCAGGGCAGCCUGCCUGCUGUUGGUGCAGCCACCCAGUGCAUGUCGGGCCUGCAGCAAGGUGGAAACCCUCAGCUUCAGCACAACUGUGAUGGCUGGGAAGAGAUCUCUCUCCCAUGUGUGUCACCCUCCCAGGACCAUCCGCCUGACCAUGCCCCAGCUGACACUGCAAGGCUCCUAUGACCUUCAGGACCUGCUGGCCCAGGCCAGGCUGCCCACCCUGCUGGGCGCGGAGGCGAACCUGGGCAAAAUCAGCGACGACCAGCUCAGAGUCGGAAAGGUGCUGAACAGCGUUCUUUUCGAACUAAAAGCAGACGAGGGAGAAGAGCCCACGGAGUCCGCCCAGCAGCCUGACGGGCCCGAGGCCUUAGAGGUGACCCUCAACAGCCCGUUCCUGUUCGCCAUUUAUGAGCAAGACUCCACCGCCCUCCACUUCCUGGGCCGCGUGGCCAACCCGCUGAGCGCGGCGUGA